CUCGCUAACCGUUUUAAAUGAUUGUCCUACUACGCCUAUCAUAUAAUGAAUAAAGGUGCCACUAUGGCGACGCGGAGACAGAAAGAAACAUAAAUCAAAGCAAUGAAGGAAAAACAAUAUCAAAUACAUACAAUAAGAUGAUAAGAGUAUCCAUCCUACAUAAUCAAACAACCUUCUCUCGUCACUCCAAUUGACUCGCCCCGCUCGCAGCUUUCCAACGAUAUCAACGUCAUCCAAAAUCCAUCCAGCAGUGACUGGGGUAUCCUUGGGAUUGGGUAGUCGGCCAAUGAUGAUUUUGAGAAUAAUUCCGUCAAAUCGGACGGGACUGACCACGAUGGAUUCUGCAUCCCUAUCGAUCGGGCUUGGGGAAGGGAAAAAGGAAUGGUGCCCAUCAGUUACUAAUCUAGAGGCCCUCAUGGGCUCGCCGAUUCCCUCAUGGUUCUCGUGCUUCCCCAAUGCGCCGGGGUGCAUCACAAUUCAAGAGCGUAUACGUGCCAUUCUAGCGGCCGCGUGGGCUUGUAACAAAGGCGCUAGGGAGCGAGACCAUCAAAGGGGGCAUAUGCAGACCGGGACACCGCACAAGGAACUACUAGCUACCUAUUGCAGAUUCUUCUACGUUCGAUCAACGAGCUUACUUCACUGGAUCAAUAGGGUCGUGCAAGUAACCAUUGACAUGUGCCUUCUGACCCUCUGCGACCGCGUGGAAGGGAUAGGGGGGCUUGGCCCUUGUGUGCCACCAAUCCCACCAUCUCGGUUGCCGUGCCCGCCACUCUCGCUCCUCAGGAACGCCCCUGCAGUGAGAAAAAGAACUGCGUCAGUUUUCUUCCAACGCCCUCUUGCUAAGCUCGCCGCUAUGCCCACCGCUUCACCCGCCGCCGUACCUGGUGCACCGGUGGCGAACUAUCAUUACCCAUCAUCCCCUUGCAUCGGCACAAGAGCCUAG